UAGUUGCUCGUCGUCACGACCGUAUACAGACUCGUCACUCUGUAGCAAGAAAAUCUUUCAGAUCGCCGGAGAGGCAUCUAGUGCUGAGGAUGCUGACGCCGAGGAGAGCGGAGGUGGGUCCCGAGGAAAUCGGGGACGGGCCCGGUGACAAGGGUACGAGCAACGCGACGAGCGGCUCGGUCACACCAGGCGGUUCCUACGAGAAUGGCGACAAUUCGAAGGAGUUCCUGUCGACCGGGAGGACCGGCAGGAGGAAUGCAUUACCGAAUAUCCUUGGCCGACAUGCCGAGACUGGCCUUUCCGAUCUAUCGGAUCGUUUCGAGGAACUGUCCACUCACACAGAUCAUUCCACCAAAAGCGGGCAGGAUCCGAAUAUACCAAGCACCUCGAAACAGCACGGCUGACAUGUCCGUGAGGCUUCGUAGCGGAUCUUGCCGUAGCUGAUCUUGCUCGCGACACACUGGGCCUUCCCAUCACCGAUGACGAUGACGAUGAGGAUGCAAUGGAAGCAUGUAUCGUUUCUGUGAACAAAAUCCUCGAACAUUCUUUGACUCACAUUAUUAACGCGAUAGAAUGUAUUGAUAGUACGACUGACACGCAUAAACGACGAAUCUAACACGAUAUGUCAUGUCUGCUGGAAUGUUAGAAAAUAAAAAUACGGGAAAUUGACAGAGUUGGACUCAAAGCGAACCGAGGGAAAAUUGAAGGCUUCAAAUCAAGAAAUCGUAAAAUUGUAAAUUGUAAGAUUUGCUCUCAACUUUGCAGAUCUUACAAAUUAUGGAUUUAACUUGUUUGUAUAUGCAAUGAAUUUUUCGAAUAGCUCUCAAAGGGAACCAAUGACUUUUUACCGUUAAGGUAAGACCGACUCGCGACUCGAAUAAAGAAAUACUAGCAGGAUUAAUUUUGCCAGACAAAAAGUCCAAUAGCUUUCGCGUGAAACGUUAGAAUCAUGCAGGUUAAAAGUGAGAUAUGCUUUAACUCAUUAUCAGUGGAAAACGAAAGCAGAUAAAUAAAU